UCUCUUACCCCCUAUAAAACGCCAUUCAGGAAUUUAAUAAACGUUCACUUGAAUAAAGAAACCAAACCAAACCUUGUUUCCUCUCCAUGGAGAAUAUUGGUGAUGAGUAUCAACAUUACUGGGAAACCAAAAUGUUCCUCCAAAACGAAGAAUUCGAUAAUUGGCCAAUUGAUGAAGCGUUUUCUGGGUAUUACGAUUCGAGUUCUCCAGAUGGCGCUGCUUCAACCGCGGCUUCUAAGAAUAUUGUUUCGGAGAGAAAUAGAAGGAAGAAACUUAAUGAAAGGCUAUUUGCUCUUCGAGCUGUUGUUCCCAAUAUUAGUAAAAUGGAUAAGGCUUCCAUAAUCAAAGAUGCAAUUGAUUAUAUUCAAGAAUUGCAUGACCAAGAAAGAAGAAUUCAAGAGGAGAUUAUGGAGCUGGAAUCUGGAAAAUCUAAGAAGAAUUUGGGUUAUGAUUUUGAGCAAGGAUUACCCGUUUUGUUGAGAUCAAAGAAGAAGAAAACGGAUCAGAUUUAUGAUUCUACAGGAUCGAGAACUUCUCCUGUUGAAGUUCUUGAGCUUAGAGUUAACCCAAUGGGAGAAAAAACUUUAGUGGUGAGCAUCACAUGUAGCAAAAGAACCGACACAAUGGUAAAGUUGUGUGAGGCCUUUGAAUCUUUGAAGCUAAAAAUAAUUACAGCGAAUAUCACCGCCGUUGCCGGCAGGCUGUUGAAGACGGCUUUUAUCGAGGCGGAUGAAGAUGAGAAAGAACAUCUGAAGAACAAAAUCCAAACAGCCAUUGCAGCUCUUAAUGAUCCAACAAGUCCUAUGAGCAUGUGAUGACCCAGCAAGUCCUAUGAGCAUGUGACCACACCAUUAUAUAGCUAAGGUUCAAUUUGUGGACAUUGUUGAUGAGUGUUGUAUUUCAAGUUCUAGUCCUCUUUUGUUUGGGUUUUUUAUCAGUAGCUUUCCUGAAGCAUUCCAAGCCUCUUCUUUAAUUUUCUCCCUGUUUUUACCAAAUGUGUCACUCGUAAAGUAGAUGAAUAAAUGUAUAAUUUAGUGAUUGCAUACUUCAAAUGAAACCAAAUUUAUGCCA